AUGGGGAGACACCCCAAGCUGGGGAGCGGCUGCAGACAGACUUUCAACCAUACUCGCACCCGACCUGUGGCUCACAGCCUAGCAGAGCUCAAAACACACAAAACUGCCCCCGACAACGAGGCCUCUACGCUCAGUCUUAAGGUUUUUCGCUCAACUACGCAGACCUCCAACUCGAACGUUCAAGCUCCACAGCUCAGGCUGUCGGCCAAUCAAGAAUCGAUCCUCAGCCCCCCCUCCCCACCCCACCCACCCCCUCAACCAACGACGACGUAG